CUUACCCGCCUCGGAGUGCCCCGCGCUGCCUGCCCACCCUGGUGGUCCCCGGCACGCGUGGGCGCUUGCACACUCGUGUUCCUGCCCUCUGGGCGCUUGCACGCUCGCUCAGACGCUCUCAAACUCGCAGGCACUGGCAUGCUCAGCGGCUUAUGUGCUCACAGCCUUGCAGGGGUGUACGUACACACAUACCCGUGGGGGCUCGUCUACACACUCACAUGCCGUAGGUGUUUAUGCACUUAAAAGCUUAAGCUCACAGUUAAAGGCACUUGUACACUCGCCCUUGUGCUCACGCUCCUAGGCCCCUGCCCAAGAGCAUGCCUCGCUGCCUGCCUCACACACACGCGCACGCUCACACUUGUAGCAUUUUACACUCUCAUACAUGCCCACAGAGGCACUAAGUCGCCCCAGAGUUUCCCUCACUGCUGCCUGCACUGGCCCCUGGGACCACAGCCACGUUCGCCGAGGCUUAUUCACUCUCGUGCCUCUCUCGCUGCCUGCUCACAUACCCUCCCGGCGACGCUCGCACAGCGAUGCGCUCCCCUGAGCCUCUCUCGCUGUCUUUCCUUCCCACGGGCUGCGUACACACUCAUGCUUCUCUGCCUCAGUGUCCCUCACUGCUUGCCGGCGUACACACAUCCUCGCGUACGCGCUCACACGCGCAUACUCGCCCUCAGUGUAUCAGUGUUCUGCUAUCUGCCACCCGCACACACACACCUGUAUGGGUGCUCACAUCAGUAUAUUGUAGCGUCUCCGCUGUCUGCUACUUGUACGCAGCCACAUAUGCAAUCACACCACGUAUCACAGUGUCCUUGCUGCCUGCCACAUGCCUAUAUACGCCUGCAUGCACAUACUCGCAUAUGCGGUUAAGCCCAUACUCGCAUCAGCCCAUAGCAUCCCCCCGGCCUGUUUCUUACAGACCCCGACCAGCGUAUCAUGGAGUCCCCCGCCGCUUGCCCCUUGCGCACACUUGAAUGCCGUAGUCCGUCACAACCUCUCUUUUGUGUGUGUACACACACAGACCAGCAUGUUAUCGAGGACCCUUGCCGUCUUCCUCUGUCCCAUAUCCAUUCCAAGUCUCCCAUUGCGUUGCACGCAUACGCUGGCCCUUCAGAGGGUCUUCCACUGCCUGCCACUCAUGCAAACACAUGCUAGAGUCGCUAUGCACUGUCUCUCUUACCUGAACAAAGGGUUAUCUCCCAUCUCUCCACCGUAAGGUCAUCUUCCUUUUCAAACAAAUACUCACCAGAACAGCACAGUUACCUCCCUUUCCCUCUCUCACAAGCUACCCACUGCUGUUUGAAAUACACAUGUACACAUCCAGGCAAUAGUCACCUGUUGCCUCUAUGUGUCUGUCUUUCGUGUGCACACACAUACCACAGGCUCACCCUCUGCCUCAGAGGGUCACCCUCUGCCUGACAUGUCUGUACAGAGUAGGGCUGCCUGUUGCUUCUUGUAUGUGCACCAAAGACAGGAUCAUUUCUGUUUUACACUCACACUUCUACAGGGCGCCUGGCACCUUUUGCACAUGUAUGUGCAAUAAGGUCACCCAUGAUCAAAUAUACACGCACACUGCCAGUCUACACACUCUUACACACAUGUGAAAGAACUACCUAGUACCUGACAGACACAGAAACACAUUUGAGGACUAUCCGUUGUGACAAGGCCCACUGCCUGUCACACAGGUAUAUAUACUUACAUGGAGCUAUUUCUGUUCCCCCCACACCUCUUCACCUGUUCCAUACCCCUUGUUCAUGGUGCCAGUAUGAGCUUGGGCCAUGCACAGUCCUACUUUUCAGUCCCAUGUACCAUACAGUCACCUCCUCUCCAGUACCUGCACUCGUACAGCGCUACUGUCCUGCGCUUCGUGCACACUCUUACACGCACAGUGUCACCCUCUCACCCAUGCAGCCCAACACACUCAAUGCACAUGUGCGAUACAAAGCGCUGACUGACUGUGGGAUGUGGGUUACAGGUCUCCCCUUUAAGUGCUGCCCCAUAUAGCUCCCUGGUUACGUGAGGCUGACAUGGCUCUGCAAACCCCCACCCCAGCUGGAUGGAGGCUGUGUUACCUGACGCAUGCCGCCCAUUCGUCAUGGCACCCUGGGCUGUGCCGCACCUUUGUAUUGAUAGUGCUGGCCCAACCUCUGUUUGCGUACAGAGAAGGAGCUUGCCAUCUCCUCAUCCCCUGCUCGGUGUAGUGACGCUCAGUUUGUUGCAGUAUGUCUCUGAGUGGCUUUUGUCCUUCUGUGAAAGCUCCCUGUUCUCUGAAAUUCAUGCUGUCUCUUGGGUUCCACUUUGCAGACUGUUGAGCCUGGUUCAUGCAUGCCUGCUGGUUUUGAGUGGCAUCGACCCUCUUAAAUGAGUCUUCUUUUUGAAGUGUAAGGGUAAAAUACUUCUCAAUAAUGUUUUAACUGCUUAGGGUGACAUUGACACAUAUAUUCUCCUUUUUGUAGACUCCCAAGUCUAACUUUUUUUUUUGCUUUUGUAGCUGGAGCCAUAUAUGGAUGAAAGCUUUGUUUCGAGAGCCUUUGCUACCAUGGGAGAGCUUGUACUGAGUGUAAAAAUCAUUCGAAACAGGUUGACAGGAAUCCCAGCAGGCUAUUGCUUUGUAGAAUUUGCAGAUCUAGCUACUGCAGAAAAAUGUUUACACAAAAUCAAUGGAAAACCGCUUCCUGGUGCUACACCGGCAAAGCGAUUUAAAUUGAAUUAUGCAACGUAUGGAAAACAGCCUGAUAACAGUCCAGAAUAUUCACUUUUUGUGGGAGACCUGACUCCUGAUGUGGAUGAUGGCAUGUUAUAUGAAUUUUUUGUUAAAGUUUAUCCAUCAUGUAGAGGUGGAAAAGUUGUUUUGGACCAGGCAGGAGUAUCCAAAGGUUACGGGUUCGUGAAAUUCACGGAUGAACUGGAACAGAAAAGAGCGCUGACAGAGUGUCAGGGAGCUGUGGGGUUGGGCUCUAAACCUGUACGCUUGAGUGUGGCUAUACCAAAAGCUAAUCGUGUGAAACCAAUGGAGUACAAUCAGAUGUACAACUAUAAUUAUAACCAAUAUUACCAACAAUAUCACAACUACUAUGCCCAGUGGGGCUAUGACCAGAACACAGGCAGUUACAGCUACAGCUAUCCGCAGUAUGGAUACACGCAGAGCACAAUGCAGACAUAUGAAGAAGUUGGUGAGGAUGCAUUGGAAGAUCCGACGCCUCAGUUGGACGUCCAUGAAGCAAAUAAACAGUUUAUGGAACAGAGUGAAGAGCUCUACGAUGCCUUGAUGGACUGUCACUGGCAGCCUUUGGACACUGUCUCGUCAGAGAUUCCAGCCGUGUUAUAGCCUCGUUGCUGAGGCACUAUCUCGGUGUGACAAGCCCGCCAGCGCGCUCCGGACUGUUAUGCUGCACCUGGAUCCUGCAGUAGUGAGGGGUGGCCAUUUUCCCACCCGGGUCUGUUACUCGAAGUACAGGAGGACUGUGGCGUUUCCUGUACGAAAUGAGUAUCGUAGGAGCAUCAUGGUAACUUUUAUUCGUGAUGAAAGUUAGAACUGCAACAGUUUUAUUCCUUUUGUCUUGAAAUGAACUCUUAAUACUUCUUGGGAAUUGUAAUUUAUAAACUUUCAACAAGAUGGCACAGGGGAAAGACUCUACUCCAACGUACAAUAAAAAAGUUGGUCUUUUAAGUAAAAUUACCCUUUGCAUUUUGGUUCCUGCCCAUCUCUCUGUUUUGCUGCCCAUGUAACUCUUCAGUCAUUUGAUCCAGCUCUCCUAAACAUGUUUUUUUAAAGUCAAUGUCAGAUACCACUAAAAUGUCUCAAAAGCUUUCUAGUGACUGAAUAAGGUUGCUGGAACUUGAGCAUGGGAAAGAAGUACAUAGGUAAAAGCUUCUGUUUGCUUUACCUAAGCUGUGAUCUUGAGCUAGCGAGUUUACAGCUUGGUGUUCUUAAGCAAGCUACCUGAAAAGCAUCUUGCAGACAGAAGGGAGUAUUAUAAAACGAUGACAGACCAAUGCCUUCUACGGGGUGGUCUCUAGCACAGUUUGGCUUGCCUCUGCAUCUGUGUGUGAGGAAAUAAUUCUUCAGUUAAGCAGUUUAAAACAGUUUUACCGGUAACCUUGUUUAGAUAUGAUUCUGUGUAUCUCACUUUUUUCGUUGUGGACAAUUCUUGAUGGUCUCGUUAAGAUAUUAAGAUUUCACAGCGUCUUCCACUGUCCUGUCAGAGUGAAUAUGGUAAAAAUGAAGAUCUUGCAGCAAAAACGGGUCAGAGCAAUCUAAUCGAUAUAUUGUGCAACAAAUUGUUGCUAAUCUGGAAAGCAGUUUUCUACUGGACGUUGUAUAAGCUGGAUGGACAAGCAAUAUAUUUAAGCUAAUAUUAUGUUGCAUUAAAAGUGACAGCAAAUUAAUAGCACUUAUGUACAUGUUAUAAGCCCUUUUCAGGCUUUUGUGCCUUAAACUCUUUGAGAAAUAGGAGCAGACAAACUACCUGUAAUAAAUGUCUAUCCAAGAAAUAGUUUGGUAACUGAAAUUGCUGCUGCGGAGCAUUUAGUUGCCUCCCUGCCCAUGUUGAUGCAGAAAUUUGCCACAAAGUUUAAAUACUUUCAUAAAGCCUACUUCUGCUACACCUUUGUUUGUGUCCAUAAUUAUGAUAUAUUUGUCAGUCUGUGGUCUUUUUAUCAACUGCAAUGGUAAACGUACUGUGAAU